GAGCCGCGGACUUCGGAGGCAAGAGCCGGCGGUGAGCGGAGUGGGCCAUGCGCCGCCGCCUCUGGCUUGGCCUGGCCUGGCUACUGCUGGCGCGCGCGCCCAGUGCUGCGGGGACCCCGAGCGCGCCGAGGAGGCCGCGCAGCUACCCACACCUGGAAGGCGACGUGCGCUGGAGGCGCCUAUUCUCCUCCACCCACUUCUUCCUGCGCGUGGACCCCGGGGGCCGGGUGCAGGGCACCCGCUGGCGCCACAGCCAGGACAGCGUUGUGGAGAUCCGCUCUGUCCGUGUGGGCACCGUGGCCAUCAAGGCUGUGCACUCGGGCUUCUACGUGGCCAUGAGCCGUCAGGGCCACCUCUAUGGGUCGCGGGUCUACGGCGUUGACUGCAGGUUCCUGGAGCGCAUCGAGGAGAACGGCUACAACACCUACGCCUCACUCCGCUGGCGCCACCGGGGCCGGCCCAUGUACCUGGCACUGGAUGGACGGGGAGCCCCCCGGCAAGGCAUCCGCACACGGCGGCACCAUCUCUCCACCCACUUCCUGCCCGUCCUGGUCUCCUGAGGCCCUCCGAGGUCUCGAGGGCCUGCUGACAGACCUGGAGGCGUGGGGGGAAGGAGGGCCCCGAGGACGCCUGAGACAGGGGCAGGGGCUGAGGCUGGGGCCCAGGCCUGGCUGCCCGUCGGUCCUUCUGCCUACUCUCCUUCUGAGUUCUAAGGGCGCCAGGCACCGGGUCUCAGUGGGGGCCCCAGGACGGGGGAGGCAGGUAGCAAGCGGAGUCCACCUGCCCAGCACAAGGGUGAGCAGGCCCAGGCUGCAGGCACAGGCUGCCGUCUGGCCUGGGCAGAGUGCCCUGGACGGGGCACACCGGGGAGGCUAACAGGCCCCGGGGGUGAGCGGGCAGGGCCCACAGGGCAGUGCUGCAGGGGCAUUGCCCUGCCCCGUGGCCAGAACACAGCCCCAAGACAUCCACAUCUCACCCCCAGGGCCUGUGGACAUGGCACCUCCUGGGGCAGAAGGGGCCCUGAGCUGGGGACACCCAGGUCACCCCAGAGUCCCCAUGGGAGGCAGGAAGAGGCUGCAUGCUGGCUGUGGAGCGGGAGGAGGGGGACAGGGCCUCUCCUGGGCCUCAGGAGGGCGGUCCUGCCACCCCUGGGUUCAGCCCAGGGCGGCCCACACCGGCUCCCCCAGAAACAUCAGAUAAUAAACACUGCAGCCUGUCAGAAGCUGUCACGUCACAGGAUGCACACAGAGGCCGUCAUCUCAGCCUCCCGGGUCUCAGGACGGGCAGGGGCUGCUGAGGGGCUUUGUGUCCUCGCCCUCCAUGGAUGGGCCCUCGGGGCAGCACACCCAGCGGCAUCUCUUCCACUAACUGGCCCUCACCAUUUUCCUCCGUGCUGGGCAUGGCUGACCCCUACUGCCCACAUGGUUGGUAGCUCUAGCCAUCAGAGGCAAGAGCACUCAGCAGCUCAGCCUCAUGUCCCCACAGGCUGCGCAACUCGAGGCUCCUGCUUCCGCCAGGAGCAAGCCAGCGGUGGCACGGCCCCAGAGGGCGGGGUGCGGCGGCUGUCAGCACAGGCUGUCUCCUCCGGACAGGAGCUCCUGCUCAUCCAAGGCCCUGUGUGACUCCCAGACUUGGAUUUAGGAAGUGACUGUCGGGCUGACUCCGCCAGCUUCCCCUGUGCUCUGCCAUGCUGCCAGGGCGUCCACCAGGACGGUCCACCACGGUGUCCUUUCAGUCACAGAAGCCCAGAAACCAGAGCAGGACACGUGGUGUGGGGCCUUGGGGCUGUGGGACUCCAGGCCACUCCACCUCCUGAGGGCAGAAGCUCCUGCUGCGCCUUGCUGGCUGCCCAGUGCCGUGGAAGGACAGAGGCGCAGGCCUGGGUGCUGAGCAGAGAACCCGCCCAGGAGGACUUCCUGGAGCACUGGUGCAGUGAUGGCCUUCUGCCAGCACGUGGCACGCGGCCUUCCUGGACACUGCCACUCGAUGUCCACGGCCUGCUGUCAGGAGUGCACAGCCCCAGGGCUCCCUGGGGGGCACGUCCCCCAGGACAGCGCCCACGCCCUGCCAGCCGCUCGGGCCCUCUGGACACACUGGCGCAGAAGGAAAACGCCCAGCCACCGGCUCCUCUUUCAAGUAGGUGUAUUUUAAAUAGCUUUCCAGAUACACAUAUUUUUCCCUUUAAAAAACGUCUGUCAGAGCAGUUUUGUUCCUGGUUCUGCUGGUCACCCUUGUGGUCCCAAGGCCGGCGCUCGCGGUGCGGUCCAAGGCCCCGGGGCCCGUGCAGGUGGCACACGUGGCCCUGGCGGAGCAGCUCCACCCGCAGCUGCACAGAUCAUGCGUGGCCGCGCGUGAGCUAAAACGUCCAUUUAUUUCAAAGCAGUAAUAAUUUAAAAUCAUAAAAACCUUUCCACCGCCGAACGUUUGGAGGGUGAGGUUAGAGAUGGGACAGAAGGCUGGUGCCCUGUGGGGGACAUGUGGCCCACACCCCUCCGUGCAGGGAGCAGCUGGGCACGGACGUGCCUCCGGGGCUGGCUGAGCUCUGGUCCCCCUGGAGAGCCGGUCCCCGAGCCUGGCGCAGCCUGGGGCCUGCCGGUGCUGCGCAGCGGCCUGGGAGCUGGAGCUGGGCGCCAGCUCAGGAGUUGCUCGUGGCGUUCUCGUUGCUGGGCGAGGAGGAGGAGGAGGAGGAGGAGGAGGAGGAGAAGCUCACCCCAGUCAGGCCGGGGGGGUUGGUGGCCGUGUUCUGUCCGGUGAGGCUCUUGCGGCAGACGGGGCAGCUGUCAUGCUUUGUGGGGACAGAGGCGAGGCGGGGAGUUAGAAGCUGGCGCCCCCGGGGCGGGCACGGGCGGCGGGCGGGCUCACCUGCUCCAGCCAGGGCACGAUGCAGCCGUUGUGGAACAGGUGGUUGCAGGGCAGCUGCCGCACACUCUCGCCCAGCGCGUAGUCGUCCUUGCACACGGGA